AUUUGUUCAAUUAGAUUCAUUAGUUUAUUUUUUUUUAGACUUUUGUCAUUUACUAUAGGAUUAAUUUUUAUUAUAAAUGAUUUUACAAUUUUUAUUGAAUGAGAAGUUGUUUCUAUAAAUUCUUUAAUAAUUGUAAUAACAAUUUUAUUAGAUUGAAUAAGAUUAAUUUUUAUGUCUUUUGUAUUAAUAAUUUCUUCUUUAGUUAUUUAUUAUAGAAAGGAAUAUAUAGAAAGAGAUUAUAAGAUUAAUCGAUUUAUUAUAUUAGUAUUAAUAUUUGUAACUUCAAUAAUAUUAUUAAUUAUUAGUCCAAAUUUAAUUAGAAUUUUAUUAGGUUGAGAUGGAUUAGGGUUAGUUUCUUAUUGUUUAGUAAUUUAUUUUCAAAAUAUUAAGUCAUAUAAUGCUGGUAUAUUAACUGCUUUAUCAAAUCGAAUUGGAGAUGUAGCUUUAUUAUUAGCAAUUGCUUGAAUAUUAAAUUAUGGUAGUUGAAAUUAUAUUUUUUAUUUAGAUGUAAUGCAAUCUGAUAGAGAAAUGUUAAUUGUUGGAAUAUUAGUAAUAUUAGCUGCAAUAACAAAAAGUGCACAGAUUCCAUUUUCUUCUUGAUUACCAGCUGCAAUAGCAGCUCCUACUCCAGUAUCGGCUUUAGUUCAUUCUUCAACUUUAGUAACAGCUGGAGUUUAUUUAUUAAUUCGAUUUAAUAUUGUAUUAAGAACAAGUUGAAUGGGUAAUUUAUUACUAUUAUUAUCAGGUUUAACAAUAUUUAUAGCUGGAUUAGGUGCUAAUUAUGAAUUUGAUUUAAAGAAGAUUAUUGCUUUAUCUACUUUAAGACAAUUAGGUUUAAUAAUAAGAAUUUUAUCUAUAGGUUAUUAUAAAUUAGCUUUUUUUCAUUUAUUAACUCAUGCAUUAUUUAAGGCUUUAUUAUUUAUAUGUGCAGGAGCAAUUAUUCAUAAUAUGAACAAUAAUCAAGAUAUUCGUUUAAUGGGAAGUUUAAGAUUAAUAAUACCAUUAACUUCUUCUUGUUUUAAUGUUGCAAAUUUAGCAUUAUGUGGAAUACCAUUUUUAGCAGGAUUUUAUUCAAAGGAUUUAAUUUUGGAAAUAGUAUCAUUUUCUUAUAUUAAUUUAUUUUCUUUCUUUCUAUAUUUUUUUUCAACAGGGUUAACAGUAUGUUAUUCUUUUCGAUUAGUUUAUUAUUCAAUAACUGGAGAUUCUAAUUUUUCUUCUUUAAAUAUACUUAAUGAUGAAGGUUGAGUAAUAUUAAAGAGUAUAAUAGGUUUAUUAAUUUUAAGAAUUGUAGGAGGAAGUAUAUUAAGUUGAUUAAUUUUUCCUACUCCGGAAGUUAUUAUCUUACCUUUAAAUUUAAAGUUAUUGACUUUAUUUGUAUGUAUUAUUGGUGGUUUAAUAGGUUAUUUAAUUUCUAAUGUAUCUUUAUUUUUUAUAAAUAAGGCUUUAAGAAAUUAUAAUUUUUCUUAUUUUUUAGGCUCAAUAUGAUUUAUACCUUAUAUUUCUACUUAUGGAAUUAUUAAUUAUCCUUUAAUUUUAGGUAAAAUAAGAAUUAAAUCAUUUGACCAAGGUUGAUCUGAAUAUUUUGGGGGCCAACAACUUUAUUAUAAUUUAGUUAAAAAUUCUCAGUUAAAUCAAAUAUUACAAAAUAAUAAUUUAAAAAUUUAUUUAUUAAGUUUUAUUUUUUGAAUUGUAAUUUUAUACAUAUAUAUAAUUUGUUUUU